AUGGUUAUUAAGUAUACUUCCAACGUUGUGAGCCCUCCUGUACUACUUUAUAUGGGUGUUGACAAGCAUGAAAAUGAACAUCUGAUCAAAUAUGGAUGGCCUGAGGAUGUCUGGUUCCACGUUGACAAGCUAUCAUCCGCUCACGUUUACGUGAGAUUACCUGAUGGAAUGACGAUCGAUUCGAUGCCUGAAGAGUUGGUGGAAGAUUGUGCUCAGUUAGUUAAGGCCAACUCUAUUGAAGGAAACAAGAUCAAUAAUGUUGAUGUUGUCUAUACGAUGUGGGGUAAUCUGAAGAAAACAGGAGAUAUGGCCAUAGGUCAGGUUAGUUUUCAUGUGCCUCGGAAUGUGAAGAAGACCAAGGUGGAGAAGCGGAAGAACGAAAUAAUUAAUCGUUUGAAUAAGACUGAGAAGAAAGAGGAAAUUGAUUAUAAAGCUGAAAGAGAUGAGCGUGAUGCUAAAGAGCGUCAAGCUCAAAGAAAGGCAGACCAACUCCGGAAAGAAAGGGAAAAUAAAGAGGCUGCCGAACGAGAGAAAAUUCGUAAAACCCGAAACUAUGAGGAUGUUGACUGGGAGAAUACUUCUGCUAACCAAACGAACGACGACGGCAACUUAUCGGACGACUUUAUGUGA